UUUAUCGUGCCAUCUGUCAAACGUGCCUGAACUGAAUUUUCUGCGUUGCGACUGCACCUUGCGUUGAUUCAUUUUAUUGAUCCAAAAAACGCCAGCUGAAGAGCUCGUGUGUUUGGUGUGCUCCCAUUAAAGACCAGUGUGUAGUUGAGUUUUCCUUCUAACGAAAGUCUUCAACCGGUGCCCAGGAACUUCCAAGAUGUCGUCGACUAGCUUCAACGUUGGAGUGAGCGGUGAAACGAAGCCAUCGAGCCGCGUCCUGAAGCCACCGGGCGGUGGCCAUUCGGACAUUUUCGGUUCGUCCGACGUGCGACAUAACCCACCGCGACCAAAGAACAACCAGCAAAACUCGUCCAACAUGAACGCCGUGAUGGGCACGGUCGACCCGAACGAGUCGCUCGACUCCGGAAAGCGUGAGGUUGGUAGCGUCGCCCCAUCGUCUGGUGACGCGUCGUCGCCAUCGGCGCCCCAAAAUGGUGGGGGCUCGCCCAACGGCGGUGCCGAGAACAAAGCAGCUGGAUCGGAUUCCCAGCGGGCGCGUGUUCCACCGGGCGGACACUCGCAGGGCUUUUGGUGAUUUCCUUCCUCUAUAAAGACGCAGCAGCAUCGCAGGCUUGCAUUGCACUCCAUACAUCGGAACCAAACUGUCGGAUGUGGCCGCUCACUCGCCAGAUAUCCCUCUAUGUGUUGUUUACAUCCAGCCUAGCCUACCUCCCGCUGGCGAGCCAGUGCGGCCAUCGCCCUGGCCGUCAGUCUCCGUGGGAAGUUCCAUUUUGUUUGUAACUUGUGUGUACCUCCUUUUCAAGACUUGAUAGCUUUUUAAACUCACACCCACUCUCUUCGCUAUUCGUUAAGGGAUAGCUAGCUAUACUGCCAAAAAGACGACACAAAUCUAACAAAACAAAACUUAAAAACUACUUUCUAUUGUAUUUGCGUAUGGUAUUAUUACUUCCAAAGUGAAGCGUGCUCUAGUGCUAGUAUAAUGGCGCUGGAUCUUACACAAAUAACGGAACAAAUAAAUUAUACACCAGCUUA